AUGGCGGCGUGCGAGACAGAGGUAGCGGCGAGGGUGGAGGGCAGAGAGAAAGGGCAUCGGCACUGGAGCGCACCUCUGCCGCCGCCUCCGCCUCUGCCGGCGCCGCCGCUGCUGCUACAAACAGCAACACUUUACGACGGGCGGCGGCGCCCGAGGGCAGCCUUCGUCCGCCACGUGCGCCUUCGCGAAGCGAAUUGUUUCUGCCCCAUUGGCGCCGGCGCUCGCACGCGGCGGGAUGGCCCAUAA